CCACGACAAUGGCAAAAGCAACAGCACGCAGGCGCGCAGUGCCGAAAGCCACGCCAAAGAAGGCCAGCGACGACGAACGGCCCAUCACGACCGAGGAACAAGAGGCCGAGAUCGCCGCGCUGAGGAAGAAGAAUGAGAUCGCCAAGCGCAGCCAGGAGCAGGGGCUCGACAUGCUCGUUAUCGUCGCGAUCGUGGUCUCAUCGCACCUAGCCUACGCCAACUUUGUCGACGGCGCCACGCCGAUCCAGUACCUCGUGCCCGGAUCACAGGCGUUCCUCCUCCUCUACUCCCUCACGCCGGGCUGGCUCCCUCCCCUGCGCGAGGCGAGCGAGAAGCGGCACUCCAACUACGUCGCGAUCCAGCUGCUGCUCUUCACGAUCGGCUUCUUCGCUAUCCAGGGCAACGCACCAGAGCUCGCAGACUUUAUGCGGCUGGCGCUGCCCGAGCUCGCGGCGGGCGCGGUCGAGAUCCAGCGCCGUGGGCAGAAGGAUAACCAGGUCCGGUUGGACAAGCUCGAGGAGCUCAAGUACGAUCUCAAGGGGGCAUAGUGUGGGCCAGUGCAAUGUAAUAUGAUAUCCCGCGUCUACAUGGUGCUACUGCGCUCCUCUACUUCAACGAC